AGCUUGUGUAUAAAGAGAUGUGCAAAAUGAAAACAGCAUGUUGAGCCGCACUUUUGAAACUACCCACAGGAAAUUUCAACCUUGAAAUGUACCAAGAUGGCGGAACGGACUUUCCCCGAGAUCACAGAAGACCGCCAUUUCUGUGAUCCCACAAAGAGGUGAAUCCGAGGGGUUUUAUGACGUUGUCACAAAGGUGUCACGCCAAAUAUUGAAGAAACAUAAUCUUGUGGCCCGUAAAGUUUGCUUCCAAGGACAGUGGAGUUGGUUGAGCCAGGAAGCAAUUUCAAGUCAUGUUUCCCAAUCAAAUGACAAGGAAUGCCAUUUACAAAGGCAGUGACGUAGCUCUAACGUCACUUUCUUCCACUACACCCACUAUCCGCGAAACAUGGCGGACUGUCCAGCCGACAGACGACGCCAAGUAUGCGGACGCUGUCCAGAAUGAGGGGUCCGUAUUUGGAUGGCGGAAGAAGGGCAGAGGCGCGCGAUGGAUUAUUCACGUUGUCAACAUUGCCGGGAUGAUUUACUACGUCGUGUUGUCUUCCGUUUUAGCCCUUAUCACGUAUUACGUGACGUUACCCGCGGUUUAUACCAACGACAGUUUAACUUACAGGAGAAUUCUGCUUCAUUUUCUAUUCAUCAAUAUGAUGCUAAAUUACAUCCUGCUUCAGUUUUACGGCAGAAGGUUUCAUGGCAUGAGAUCCGGAGCGAAACCAUUACUGCCGACACAUACUCGGACUGAGCGCGCUUUUUGCGAGAGAUGCCAGGCAACCGUCGUGGCACGCGCCAAGCAUUGUUACAUGUGUGACGUAUGCGUGUUGAAAAGGGAUCAUCACUGUUUCUUCGCCGGCUGCUGCGUUGGAUUCCACAAUCAACGCUAUUUCGUUGUGUUUUGCUUUUAUGCGUCUCUCGGCUCAUUAUUUUGUCUCUACAUAAUAUCAGAACAUCUUCGACUGACGUAUGCUAAUAUAUUCAGCUAUGAAGUAUACAGGUUUUUGUUACCAUGGUGCCUCGUGGAGUGGUUAUUUCGAGGCCUGUCUUCCGGUACCUUGGCCAUGAUUUUUCUGUUCUACAUGACGAUUCCUACUUGCCUUGGCUGUAUCUGGUUCGCUGUACAGCAGUUUUGGUUGAUUUACAGAGGGCAAACGACAUACGAGUACUUGAAAGGUAUUAAGACAUAUAGGACCUUCACUGCUGAUCAUUUUAGAUCCGUUUUCGGAUCUUUCUGGCCGUUGAAUUUCAUUCUUCCUAUGCCUUGGUUCAGGCAACAUGGAAAUGGCAAAGAUUGGAAUGUGUUAAAACAUGUUUAAUGUGUCAACGCGUGUG